CCGGAAAUACGGAAAUGGUCAGUUCUGAGACGAGUUUGACAUAAACAGAGGAAAUUCCAUAAAGUAUCCCCAUUCAAUCAUGUAAUUUAGUGAUUACCCAUUCAUUUCUGCAUUUUAAAGAUAACAGUAUUAGAGAUCGAAACAUCCUACACCAGCAUGUGGGAACCGGAGGCGCCCCAAACUUCAGUUUCUCAUCAGUCACAUGUUUUUGCUGUGUUCAUGUGUUCUUUUUGCACUGUUCAUGGUAGCGUUUUUGUUCCUGUGGCCAUCUACUAGCUCUAAGGACAGAUCUCUAAACAGAAUAACCCGGAACCUAGAAACCAACGAGGUGGUUCAGAUUGCAUCAGCUGUUAAAAUCAACACCCCAGACAGAGAAACAUCAUGUACAUUUCAUACUUGCUUGGAAGUUUAUCAUUGUGGCUAUAACGAUGACAAUAAACUUACGGUGUACAUAUACCCUAUUAAGAGAUAUGAAGAUGAAAAUGGAAACGAGCUGACGGUUCCAAGGUCUAAAGAAUUCGAGGAAAUAUUACAGGCUGUUGCAGACAGCCCCUACUAUACUGAUGAUCCUGAAACAGCUUGUCUAUUCAUUCCUUCCAUUGAUCUCCUCAAUCAGAACAAUCUACGAUUAGGGGAUGUAAACCGAGUUCUAGCAUCAUUGCCGCACUGGCAAGAUGGCUCCAACCAUCUCCUGUUCAACAUGCUGGCAGGCAGUUCCCCGGACUUCCGCACAGUGCUUGAACUAGCUACUGGGCGGGGCAUCUUGGCAGGAAGUGGCUUCUCAACCUGGUCCUACAGGAGGACCUUCGACAUCUCGGUACCUGUGUACAACCCCCUCAUCUCACACAUAGACCUCCCACAGAAAUCUUACCUAGAGGAAAGACAGUGGCUGAUUGUAUCAUCUCAGAGUGGCCUCCAUAGUGAAUUUCGGGACAUCCUGGACAAGCUGGUGUUGGAGGACAACCGGGUGUUGGUCCUAGACCGCUGUCGGGAUGACAAUAAUACCUGGAACGUCACGAAGCGCUGCACCAGCAACUCCAACUACGACUAUCCUCAAGUGUUACAGGAUGCCACAUUCUGUGUGGUGUUACGAGGAGCUCGGCUGGGGCAGCCUGUUCUCGGUGAUGCAUUGCGGUCCGGCUGCAUCCCCAUCAUCAUCGCCGACGGCUACAUCCUUCCCUUCUCCGAGGUGCUCGACUGGACCAGAAUCGGCAUCACAGUGCGAGAGGAUGACAUCGGGGGUCUCCUGAACAUUGUCAAAGCAUACAGUGUUGAUCGGGUGUAUGAGAUGAGACGGCAGGUGAAGUUCGUCUGGGACAACUACUUCAGCUCCAUGAAGGCCAUCACCAUGACAACACUGGAGAUCAUCAACGACCGCAUCUUCCCGUAUGCCAGUCGCAGCUACGAGUCCUGGAACGACAUACCCAACAAGGAGGCGAUCAACAACCCAUUGUUCCUCCCCCUCACCCCCUCAAAGGCCCAAGGCUUCACAGCUGUCAUCCUCACCUACGACCGACUCGAGUCACUCUUCCAGGUCAUCAAGCAGGUUGCCAAGGUACCUAGUCUGGCCAAGGUCGUCGUUGUCUGGAACAACCAGAAUAAAGCCCCUCCUGCAAUGUCAUCAUGGCCGUACAUUGGCAAACCUGUGAAAGUUGUCCAGACCAAGAAGAAUAAACUGAGCAACAGGUUCUUCCCCUAUGAUGAGAUAGAGACGGAGUGUAUCCUGGCCUUGGAUGAUGACAUUAUCAUGCUGACAGCCGAUGAACUGGAGUUCGGUUAUGAGGUAUGGAGGGUUCCCGAUCGUCUUGUGGGCUUCCCAUCUAAGGUUCACUUGUGGGACAACAGCUACUACUAUAAUGAUAUAAUUUACAGGUCUGUGAUAAAGCUGAUGUUGUUGACAUUGAUGUCAUUCCCUGACUGGCUUUCCUCCCUUUUCCUGCUCCAGUAUUUCAGCUACCUGUAUACCUACUCCAUGCCGGGCAACAUGAAGGUGUGGGUGGAUGAACACAUGAACUGCGAGGACAUCGCCAUCAACUUCCUCAUCGCCAACAUCACCGGCAAGGCUCCCAUGAAGGUGACGCCCAGGAAGAAGUUCAAGUGUCCACAGUGCGUCAACAACGAGAUGUUGUCGGCCGACCUGACUCACAUGGUGGAGAGGUCGGAGUGCAUCAACCAGUUCACCAGCAUCUACCAAUCAAUGCCGCUGAAGAGCGUGGAGUUCCGGGCUGACCCUGUGUUGUACAGAGACAACUUCCCCAGCGUGAUGAAGAGGUUUAAUAACAUAGGGAGCUUAUGAUUGGGGAGGAUAUACAGCGUAUCUAUCACCAUGGUAUCCAUAGUGCUGAGAAGGUUAACAAUACUGGGAAUUAUUAUCAUGGGAAUAUAUAAAUGGCUUCAUUAUAUCCCAAAGUGCUGAUUAAGUGCAACGUUAUCGGGAGUUUGUGACUGGUUAAUUUGAAAGGGUUUAUAUAUCAGUUUUAUCAUUGUGCCGAGGCAUCGGGGUAAAAUAGCCAUUAGUCCAAAACUUUGAAUGCAGAUUUCUACCAAAAUUUAAAUCUUUUUAAGUCAAAACUGAACCCUGGAUUAGUAUGUCCAAAAGUGUCAACCUUGAGGGGCAUCCCAAGUUGGGAGUUAUCAAA